AUGGAUUCUUCGGAAGGAGGGAACAAUGUUCGGUUCUGGUACAAUUCAUCCUUCAACUCUUCUCCAGACUACGACCAGAACAGUGUUCCGAGCAAUGCCGAAAAUUACAUGCUACUCACGGACGACAUAGAUCAGUACUUUAAGAAAAUUAACAUCUCGAACAUUUCGGAAAAUACUUUCUUCUCCGAACACGCGUCUAACUGUACUUUUGUGGGAAACACCAGCAAUUGGACCUGUUCAACAGGCGACUCGUCAUCAGAAAGUUAUCACAACUACUGGGCGCUUUUGCUCGUGUUGUUUCCGAUCUUGACGUUGUUCAGAAACGUGCUGGUUAUUUUGAGUGUGUACAGGGAGAGAACUUUGCAAACUGCCACGAACUACUUUAUCGUUAGUCUUACUCUAGCUAAUCUUCUGGUAGCUGUGAUGGUCAUUGCGUUUGCUGUUUAUGUUCUGGUGAGUUGCUAG